AUGUUCACAAUGAUAAGAAAAAUUAUUUCUACUAAUCAAUUAUUAUGUCGACUAUGUGUUGCCAUGAACUCGCUAAUUAAAUGGGUUCCUUUUGAAGAAUUUACAAAUAUCGAGAAAAUUGGGCAAGGUGGUUUCAGUCAAAUUUUUAAAGCAACAUGGAAAUUCUACGAUCGUAUAAGUUACAAAGGUACAAUUAAACGUUCAAAACGAGAAAUCGUUUUGAAAGUACUAAGUAACUCCCAGAAUGUGGAUAUAGAAUUUUUAAACGAGUUGAAACAUACAUUUCAGUUCAGGGAUAAUGCAUAUGGUGUUAAAAGAAUAAUUGAAUGUCAUGGAGUAACAAAUUAA